AGGGAAAAAGUUGAAUUACCUUUCUCACUCAGUUGAAGAAAGUGAGGAAGGGAAAUCCUGAUCACAGAUCUUCUAUAGUACAACUAGUUGCAUCAUUAUGUGUCUGCAAGUCCAAUUUAUGCCGGACAAUAAUCAGCUCAAGCCCUCGUCCAACCAGUGCAUCACUUUCUUGAAAUCUUCAACUUUUUCGGGACCAGGACAGCCACCUCAUGCCUCUCUUGCAAGUCUGUGCAGACCACCAGCAGAAGCGAAGAGGCGCUCGUGGAAGAUACAAGAAAGGCAGGGCUGCCUGAGAUUAUGCAACCGCUGGCAGAGAGAAGGGAAUCGUUGCCUUGAGAGCAAAAGGAGACACUUGGAACAUAACAAUGCCUUUCUCCGUUGCUGCAUUUAUCCUGCCUCCGCACAGGCUGUAAACUGAGACCAGUAUUGUACUAAAAUGCCAGGGCAUUUGAUAGCUCUCCGCACAGCCAGCUGCUGUAUUCACAGCCCUUCUGUAAGCUUUUUUGUCUUGAGCAGAACAGGCAAAAGACCUGAGCUUGAGAUCUGUCAGGACAAACCAGCAGCAGCUCCAAGGAGUGUCAGAAACUCUUUUGGCCUUUUUUCUUUCUUUUCUUUUCUUUUUUUAAAGUCAGCAUGCUGGAGAAUCCAGUUCAGCAGAGCUGCCCAGAAUCACUGCCAGAUUACUUUCCUCUUCUCAUGAGCCAAGAAGCAGUACAUGAAAGAAACAAUCAUGUAAGCACCAUAUAACAUGUUUCAUGUGUGUGUGUGUUUUUAAACUGGCAACACGAUUGCUCUUACAAACUGAAGAAGGGGGGGAGAAAAAACCUUUAAAAAAGAAUUUUUUAAAAAGUCUGGGCUAAAAGACAAGGUGCUAAUCUGUAUGCCAUUAUGCAAUAUGGUGAUUAUCUAAUGACAGCAGGGCUGUUCAAUAGAGCCCUCGUUGUUUGGAGGAGAAAAGAAGAAAAUCAGGACUGAACCUUCCAAAAGGGGAAGGUUCAGAUGUUGUCUGAAGAUGGAAAGUUUCCAAACUCCACAGGAACAGGUGUGGGGGGGGGAGAGAGAGAGUGCAGAAGGACUGGCCAGUUCCUUGGCUCCACCCACACUUUGGUACACUAUUGUCUUGCUGCACCUGGAUAUAUAUAUGUAGGUAUGUAGGUAUGACCCUGUGUUUUACACCAGUCCCUUAGCAUCCUAGGCAGAGGUGAAACCUUUCCACCUUCAGUCCCCUUGUUCCUGCUCCAGCCCCACCAUGAAGAAAGAAGUCUGCACCAUCGCUUUUCUCCGAGCCGUCUUUACUGAGUUCUUAGCCACUGCGCUGUUUGUCUUCUUCGGCUUGGGCUCAGCCUUGAAGUGGCCUUCCGCUUUGCCGAGCAUCCUCCAGAUUGCCAUGGCUUUUGGUUUGGCCAUCGGUACCAUGGUCCAGACCUUCGGUCACAUCAGUGGUGGUCAUAUGAACCCAGCCGUGACCAUCGCCUUCUUCGUAGGGAACCAGAUUUCUUUCCUCCGGACUCUGUUCUACGUUGUGGCCCAGCUGGUGGGGGCCAUUGCCGGUGCAGGCGUCCUUUACGGAGUGACUCCCAUCAAUGCCCGUGGCAACCUGGCUGUCAACGGGCUCAGCAACAACACAACCGCUGGCCAGGCUGUGGUGGUGGAAAUGAUCCUAACGUUUCAGCUGGUGAUGUGCAUUUUCGCCUCGACGGACAGCCGCCGAAAUGACCACGUGGGCUCCCCAGCUCUCUCCAUUGGGCUGUCUGUCACCCUGGGUCACCUGGUUGGGAUCUAUUUCACUGGCUGCUCUAUGAAUCCUGCCCGAUCUUUUGGCCCUGCUGUGAUCAUGAAAAGAUUCAGCUCUGCUCAUUGGGUCUUCUGGAUAGGGCCCAUCUGUGGAGGCAUCCUGGCCUCUCUGCUUUACAACUACCUCCUGUUGCCCCACUCAAUGAGUAUGUCUGAAAGGGUGGCCAUUGUGAAAGGCACCUAUGAGUCGGAGGAAGAGUGGGAAGAGAAAGAGAAAAGUAUGGAGAUGACUUCCCCGUGACUGGAAGGCCCCAGCAGGAACCAGGAGGAAGAGGU